GUAACGAUGCAGACAUUAGUUUGUUUCUGACAUUCGUGAAGUGUUCAUUAAAAAGUAAAAAGUGAAAAAUGACUGGUCGUGGUAAAGGUGGCAAAGGCUUGGGUAAAGGAGGUGCAAAGCGUCAUCGCAAAGUGUUGCGUGAUAAUAUCCAGGGUAUCACGAAGCCAGCUAUCCGUCGUUUAGCUCGUCGUGGUGGCGUGAAGCGAAUCUCUGGACUUAUCUAUGAAGAAACUCGUGGCGUUCUUAAGGUCUUUUUGGAAAAUGUUAUUCGUGAUGCUGUCACAUACACCGAACACGCCAAGAGGAAGACAGUCACAGCCAUGGAUGUUGUCUAUGCGCUGAAAAGGCAAGGUCGCACACUGUACGGCUUUGGCGGUUAGGAAAGAAGAAAGUAUAAAAAGCAACUUACACUCGCACCAAUCGGUCCUUUUCAGG